AAGGAUAUUUUUUUUUUAAAGAAUGUGAAAAGAAUGAUCUGUCUUAAAGUUCCUCCACAUAUCCUUUACUUGAAGUGUUGCAACUUGUGACCUGUCAGAAGGGAAAGGAUUCAAAGGAUUUGACUUUAAGAGCAACUAGGAUUAAGGAGAUAUUAGCUGCAAUACUGGAGAGCCAGUACAGAGAGUCAAGCACAUCGUAUCAAAAACCAGCUAUUUCGGAAAGAAUUAUGGUUUAGACUUCCCCAUGUUAGCCAUGGAUGUAGCACUUUCUCCCAUGAGAACGCAAGGACUGGAUCCCAUGUCGUCUGAUGCAUCUCCCAUGGUUAUAAACAUGACUCCUACAGUGGAACAAAAUGGGGAAGAGGAUGUCAUGAAGGACCUUGAUUCUAGCCAGCAGUAUGAAAAGCCGCCUCCUCUACACACUGGGGCCGAUUGGAAGAUUGUUCUUCACUUGCCAGAAAUUGAGACCUGGCUUCGAAUGACGUCUGAAAGAGUCAGGGAUCUGACCUACUCUGUCCAACAGGACUCGGACAGUAAGCAUGUGGAUGUGCACCUGGUGCAACUGAAGGAUAUUUGUGAAGAUAUAUCUGAUCACGUUGAACAAAUUCAUGCUCUACUAGAGACUGAGUUUUCCCUGAAGCUUCUGUCUUACUCUGUCAAUGUGAUAGUCGAUAUCCAUACAGUACAACUACUCUGGCACCAGCUACGUGUUUCUGUUCUGGUUCUGAGAGAGCGUAUUCUCCAGGGACUACAAGACGCCAAUGGAAACUACACCAGGCAGACUGAUAUUCUGCAAGCAUUUUCUGAAGAGACCAAGGAGGACCGUCUUGACUCUUUAACUGAAGUUGAUGAUUCUGGACAGUUAACCAUCAAAUGUUCUCAAAAUUACUUGUCACUGGAUUGUGGUAUUACUGCAUUUGAACUAUCUGACUACAGUCCUAGUGAGGAUUUGCUAGGUGUUCUGGAUGAUAUGACCUCCAGCCAAGGGAAAGCAAAAUCAUUUGAAUCCUGGAAUUACAGUGAGAUGGAAAAGGACUUUCCAGGACUUAUCAGAAGUGUGGGUUUACUUGCAGUAGCAACUGAUUCCAUUGCUUCCCAGUGUAAUGAAGCACUAAAUGAGAAAGAAACCCAUGUACCUCAUUCAGGAGAAGAUGGAGAAGAAAUCAAAGACAGGAAAGCACCACAAGAGCUGUCCCCUUGUGUGAACUCCUCUCUUUCUAAAGGACCUUGCUCUGAAGAUGGUGUUUCACCGACUGACAGCAAACCAGUUUCCACAUUAAAGAAACCAGAAUGCAAUCUUCCCCAGCACACCAGUGAAAAAAUCAAACAUUCUCACUGUGAAAACUCUACACCUAAGAGAUCCAUAAGAGACUGCUUUAACUAUAAUGAAGACUCCCCUACACAGCCUACAUUGCCAAAAAGAGGUCUAUUUCUGAAAGAUGAUGUGUUUAAAGACUAUGUGGAAGCCCAUGAUUUAAAAAGGCAAAUAUCUCAGAUAGUUAAAAAUGAAAUGAGCAGAAGUACACCAUCAUUGUUAGAUCCACCAGACAGGUCCAAGCUUUGCCUAGCUUUACAGUCACCCUACGCUAACAGCCCAUCUGCAGUUAGUCAGUCAUACGAUUGCUUAAAUACAAUAGGUGACAGAAAUCUUGAAUACACAACAAAGAAUCACUUUAAGGACAGUCCCUUAUGUCUAGGGAAAUCUAACUUCUAUAACCGUAAAGAAAAAUCAAAGCACAAGAAGUCUCAUGAUGCACCAGAGAAAGUGAAAGCUAGCAGAACACCUGGAGGUACAAGUAAAACGGCUUCACCAAUACAAGUGAAAAAAAGAGGACGUUCUUCUCUACAAAAUGGAAUUACUUCUCGUAACUGUCAGUCUCUGGAUGAGACAGAAACAGAUUCUUCUGUAUCAUCAGAUUCUUGUAACCAGAUAGACCCAAAUGGGCAAUCACAAGGUAAAACUGAGCCUUUUAUUUCACCAACACGAAGCCGAAAGAGUGCUUCCUCAGCUGGUUCUGAGCAUACCAACUCAUCACCUCUUCUACUCAGAAGAAAAAGUAAAAAAAGCUUCUCAUCAUCACCAAGCUAUACUCAAAAAAACAGUAAAGAUGGUGAGGUCUGGUAUGGAUCUGAUGAAUAUUUAGCACUUCCUUCACAUCUCAAACAAACUGAAGUAUUAGCUUUAAAACUAGAAAAUUUGACAAAGUUAUUGCCCCAAAAGCCCAGAAGAGGAACCAUUCAAAACAUCGAUGACUGGGAGCUGUCAGAAAUGAACUCAGAUUCAGAAAUGUAUCCAACGUACCAGACAAAAAAGCACAAAAAAAUGGGUAGAAUUUCACCAAGCUCUUCAAGUGACAUAGUAUCCUCCUUAGGUGACAGUAUUGAAUCUGGGCCUCUCAGUGAUAUUCUCUCUGAUGAAGAUCUUUCUAUGCCUGUAUCUUGCAUUAAAAAAUAUACUGAAGAAAAGACAGAACGGACUGCUGUCACCCAGCCCACUGAGAAUGAGACUUCUGCCUCAAAUAAAUCAGCUUUAAUUCAUCAACUGAUGCAAGAUAUACAACAUCAAGAGAAUUAUGAAGCCAUAUGGGAAAAAAUUGAGGGGUUUGUAAGCAAGCUGGAUGAAUUCAUUCACUGGUUAAAUGAAGCCAUGGAAACAACAGAGAAUUGGACUCCUCCUAAAGCAGAGACAGACAGCCUUAAACUGUACCUGGAGACACACUUGAGUUUUAAGUUGAAUGUAGAUAGCCACUGUGCUUUAAAAGAAGCAGUGGUAGAAGAAGGACGUCAACUUCUUGAGCUUAUUGUAUCUCACAAAUCAGAAGGACUGAAGGACAUGCUGCAGAUGAUUGCAAGUCAAUGGAAGGAACUACAGAGGCAAAUCAAACGGCAACACAGCUGGAUUCUUAGGGCUCUGGAUAUCAUCAAAGCAGAGAUACUGGCUACUGAUGUGUCUGUAGAGAAUGAGGAAGGGACUGGGAGCCCUAAGGCUGAGGUUCAGCUAUGCUAUCUGGAAGCACAAAGAGAUGCUGUUGAACAGAUGUCCUUAAAGCUGUACAGUGAGCAGUACAACAGUAGCAGCAAGCGAAAGGAAGAGUUUGCUGAUAUGUCAAAAGUUCACACAGUGGGAAGUAAUAGCCUUUUGGACUUUGAUUCAGAAUACCAGGAGCUCUGGGAUUGGCUGAUUGACAUGGAAUCCAUCGUGAUGGACAGCCAUGACCUGAUGAUGUCAGAGGAGCAGCAGCAGCAUCUUUACAAGAGAUACAAUGUAGAAAUGUCAAUCAGGCACCCGAAAAAGAUGGAACUGCUUAGUAAGGUUGAAGCUCUGAAGAAAAGUGGUGUUUUACUACCAAAUGAUCUCCUUGAAAAAGUGGAUUCAAUUAAUGAAAAAUGGGAACUGCUUGGGAAAACCCUAGGAGAGAAGAUCCAAGACACAAUGGUAGGGCACAGUGGGUUAGGUCCACGUGACCUGCUCUCGCCUGAAAGCGGCAGCCUGGUAAGGCAGCUGGAGGUCAGGAUCAAAGAACUGAAAGGGUGGCUGAGAGAUACAGAGCUUUUCAUCUUCAAUUCCUGUCUGAGACAAGAAAAUGAAGGAACAAUGAAUACUGAGAAACAACUGCAAUAUUUUAAGUCUCUAUGCUGUGAGAUCAAACACAGGCGCCGUGGGGUAGCCUCUGUGCUGCGACUGUGCCAACACCUUCUGGAUGACCAGGAGACCUGCAACCUGAAUGCAGAUCACCAGUCCAUGCAGCUGAUAAUCGUAAACCUUGAGAGGAGGUGGGAAGCCAUUGUCAUGCAAGCUGUCCAGUGGCAAACUAGACUACAGAAGAGACUGGAAAACGUCUCGGAGCCUUUGAAUGUUAUUGAUCCCAGUUUGAUGGAUCUAAAUGGUCCAAGUGAAGAUGCGCUGGAAUGGGAUGAAACUGACAUCAGUAAUAAGUUGAUCAGUCUUCAUGAAGACUUAAGUGAUCCUGAUCAAGAACUCAAGAAGGAUGAUCCGAGCCAGAAAGCUGCCUCAGGAGAAUGCGGUGAUAACAAUGUGAAUGAAGAUGAAAGUGUCAGCAAUCAUGGAAGUCCUCUUUAUUGUCACAGCAUUACUUCUCCUCCAAAUCCUCACAUUUAUCAGGUCUACAGUCUUCAUAAUAUUGAAUUAUCGGAAAAAAACCACAUGCCAUUUUUUAAAGAGAACUCCAAACUCUCCAGUGUAACACAGUCUAACAUUUUAAACAAAAGUCUUAGCAAAGACUCUUCAUUUUCAUCUACCAAAUCCCUGCCAGACCAAAUAGGGGGGACCACAUUGGCAAAACCGUAUAACUACAUGUAUCAGAGUGGAAACCUAAGCAGGCAUUCCGAGAGUGAGAGUGGGAUAGUGAGUGAAUGUGAUACAGAAACUACAAAUAAUUCAGACAUUUUUUUGCUAAAUGAUAUUGAAAGCAGUCAGAGUAAUCCUGAAAUUGGGCAUGCAGAAACUCAAGUGAAUGGUAUGGAUGAUGUAAUAAAACAAAAAGUAAAACAAGAUGAAGAAUACCACGCUAAUCUCUCAGAUGAUUUCCAGUUGGCACCUUCUGCAUGUUGUGGAAGUGAAAAUGAUGAGGAUUUGGACAGUGUUACCAUUCAUAACCCUGCAUGUCUAGAAGAAUUGCAAGGAAAACGUGAUGUGUUUACAUUUUAUGAUUACUCAUAUCUUCAAGGCUCCAAAUUCAAAUUACCAGUGAUGAUGAAACAAUCACAGAUUGAAAAAACGCACACAGAGGGCAGUUUUUCUCAUGGCUUUUGUUUUGAUAAAAUACCUGGUAAAUCUGAACAUAAGCCUGGAGAGUCACAACCAGAUGGGUUUAUUCAUGACCAUACUCCUGCAAGUAUCUCUGGAGAAUCAGAUCCCAAUUCCUGUAAAUCUGCAGAAAAUGUAAGAAAAUUAACUGUAACAGAGAAUGCAAGACAGGUUUCAACUUUAUCUCAUAGUUCUUCGUUAGAAUCUCUGUCUGUAGUAGGUGAUUUGUUCAGCUCAUGUAUUUUUAAAGGUGGAGACAGUCUUCAGCGAAGUGCUUCUUUGGAGAGCUGGCUGACUUCCUACAAAAGCAACGAAGAUCUUUUUAGUCAUCAUGGCUCAGGAGACGUAAGUGCAAGCAGUGAUUCUGUUGGAGAGCUCAGCAAAAGGACAUUAGAUCUUUUGAAUCGCUUAGAGAAUAUCCAGAGUCCUCUAGAGCAAAAGAUAAAGCGCAGCAUCUCUGAUAUAACACUCCAAAGUAGCUCUCAAAAAAUGUCUUUCACUGGACAGCUGUCUUUAGAUAUUGCAUCGUCAAUCAACGAAGACUCAGCAGCUUCUCUAACUGAGCUCAGCAGCAGUGAGGAUCUUUCUCUCUGCUCUGAAGACAUUGCACUGCACAGAAAUAAAAUACCAGAUUCAAAUGCAUCGUUUAGAAAACAUCUUAAUAGAUCUGUAGCUGAUGAGAGUGAUGUCAAUGUUAGCAUGAUUGUUAAUGUCUCCUGCACUUCUGCUUGUACUGAUGAUGAAGAUGAUAGUGAUUUGCUUUCAAGUUCCACCCUUACCUUAACUGAGGAAGAGCUGGGUAUCAAAGAUGAAGAUGAUGACUCCAGUAUAGCAACUGAUGAGGAUAUAUAUGAGGAAUGCAAUUUAAUUUCAGGACUUGAUUAUAUAAAAAAUGAACUCCAGACAUGGAUUAGACCAAAAUUUUCUUUGACAAGGGAGAAGAGAAAAAGUAACCUCAGUGAUGAAAUUCAGCGCAGUAAAGAAGUUAGUAAUGAGACAACAAAAGCCACAGACACGUUAAGCCUUGAAACACUAUUGAAUGGUUCAGUACAGAAAAUAUCAGAAAAUAAUGGCAAUAGUAAGAAUGCACCACGUAAUUGUGUAAAAGGGACAAAGAGCCACCUGAUGAAAGAUAUUUCUCAGGUUGUGAAGGAUCAGCUUGUGGAUGAUAUGGAGAAUGGAAAUGUUGAAAAUACUCUUGGCGGUCAAAAGGAAAGUCUUGUUAGAACAUCAGCAACUCCCAAGACUCAUGCAUCACUUGAUGUCAGAGAAGCUGAAAGUGAAUGUUGUGUCUGUGAAGCAUUUACAGACAGUUCAGAUGAUUCACAUAUGGAAGGCAAGGAGACUGUUCUGGCAUCAGAUGGAUCCAGAAGCCCUCCAAAAGAAUGUCAAAGUCAUCUUCAGCCUGAUUGUCACUGUGUUCCUUCCACUCCUGCUAAAAAGCCCUGUCGUGAAUCUUCCUCAGAAAUGAAUUGUGUGAACAUACAAGAUACAGCUUUACAAACAUCCUUACCUAAGGGUCAACAACAUACAAUAAGUAUCACUGAAAAAUCUACAGGUUGCUGUACAGCCUUGAAAUCCAAUGAAGCAGAAUGCACCUCCUCAUCCAAUGGUCUUGAUUUGUUCUGUAACUGUGAAUCUCCUGCUUUUGAUAAAAGAAACAUGGAAGAUGUCUCAGUACACAAUUUUGUGAGGGAGAUAAUAGAUAUGGCAUCAACAGCUUUAAAAAAUAAGUCGCAACCUGAAUGUGAGCUAUCUGCUCCAGCUUCAUUAGCACAGAUUAAGGAAAAAGUGUUAGAACACUCUCACAGACCCAUUCAUUUAAGAAAGGGGGACUUCUAUUCUUAUCUUUCACUUUCUUCGCAUGAUAGUGACUGCGGAGAGGUAAUCAAAUAUAUAGAAGAAAAGAGCAGUACUCCUGUGCCAUUGGACUUCACAGAUGAGAGAGAAAAUAUUGAAUGCUUUUUUGAAGCCUGUCCUGAGGAAGAACAGGUUGAGCAGCAGCAAUCCAUUUCUAAUGGUACCCCUGAAGAACGAGUUGAGCAGCAGCAACCUAUUUCUAACACUAUUUCUGAAACAUUUCCAGAGUCACAAGGUGAAGUGAUUCUAGAGUCAUUAGAAGUUGCUAAAACUUCAUCUGAAGGUCAGGAUUUAUCUUUCUUCCGUGAUGAUGAUGAUAUAAACAUCCCCAAUCCUAAUAAAAAAGUUGCACCAAUCAAUUUGAAGAACGCUGAUGAUGAUUUUCUGAUUUCAGGCAGGCAAACUGAAGGUUUGGAAAAGAAUUCUAAAGAGCUUAGCGCUAAAAAGAGUAAUACAGGAAAAUCACCUGGAACUGAAGAGCCCAAAGGUUAUGUAGCUGCUUCUGAAGAGGCUUCAUCUAUGGAGUUUCAGUUAGAGCCUGGCCAUUCACAGAAAAAGGAUGUUUUGCGUCAGAACAGUAAAACUCUAACUUGUGAGGAACAUCUCCUGAAUCUUCAUGAGGAAAGACAUAUAAAUAUGCACAGAUAGAAUGAAACCCUCUCCAGGCAUGUACAUUAUCCUAAAACCAGAAACUUGGCUGCAAUUCAGGUGCAGGUUCAUCCUGUAAACCCUGGGAUGACCUCCAAUUCCAUUGUAUCACUGCCUUUCAUUACACUGACUCCCAAGACAAAUUUUCUUUCCAAAUGUGAUUUGUCCAUGUUGGCUUUGUGAUCAGACUGCAUAUGCUAGUCCUAUUGCAAUGAUCAGUUUGUUUUGUAGCAAAGCCAUUUGCUUUCAUAUGGAUUCCUGUCCCAAGCUACCUCUAAUGACCUCCCCUUCCUCAACUGGAUGCUCCUGUAUUACUUUUCACUGGUUCUGUUCUUUAAAGUUCUGAAGUUCCACAGAAUUCACAAUCUGACUCAUCUUUUCAGAACUGUACCUGUCAGCGCUCUUCUAUUUGUGUAUCAAAUAUAAUAUUUCUGUGUAUAAUGCAUAAGUUUAUUCAAACUAUUUUACUUUUAACGUGACAAUUCUGUUGGAUUGCAGCAAAAAGAAGUCAUUAGCCCUCCUGAUUCAAUACAUUGAAAAAUUAGGCAAUGAGAAUAAAUGGCAUUUUAUUUAUUUAAUUUUAAGAUUUAAUCUAUGCAACACUUCAGGAAACAACUACAUGGUGUUGUGUAUUAGUAACUGUUGACAUUCUACUGAAUUAACUACAACAUUUUGGGGUUUUAUGCUUCUUGAGGUGGUAAUGAGAAAAAAAGUUUUUUAAAAAUGUGUGCCUUGCUGUAUUUCUUAUACCAUUUAUUAAAAAGCUGCUUUCACAGUAAAAUUAUGUUGAUUUGAAAGGAGGAAAUAGCAAGGUUAAGACGUGUGAAUAAUUUCUGUAUAUAUGUAUAACCAAGUGCAAACAUUGAUGUAUAAUGACAAUAUAAAAUGCUUUCAUGUUUGUGAUGUCCAGUGAUGUGGAAAAUAUAAGCCUUAAAACCAUUAGAUUGCAUGGUAAUUAGAACUGGCAUAAUAAACAUAGUUUAUUGAGGAAAAAAAAAAGCAGAACUGGUGAUCUGUUUUACCUGCGUUCCAAGAACAGAAUGCUUUAUCCAAGUACAGAAGAAUACGGUUUUGUUUGCAAAUAUUCCUAGCUGUGCAAUUCCAUUGCUGGUGAAGAUUUGUAUUACCCGGCUCAGAGGCAGAGAGCCUUUUCAUUAAAGAUUCUGCAGGUAUUUGAGGCCGAACAAGGAGACACAAAUAUUUAGUAGUUUAAACUAGUACUGCCAACUGCAGUGGUGGCAAUAAUCAAGGACAUCGGUAUAGCAGAUCUUUCCUUUGUUUAUCAUGAACGGUUUGUUGUCUGGUUCUUAAAAUGUCAUCGAUUUACAUAACUACGUUGAAUAAUCUUUAUAUGUAUAUAUAGACACUCUUGCAGUUGGCUGUUUCCAUGACUUAGAAGGUACAUUGUUGACAUCUUUAUCUUGUGCUAAAAGUACAUCGGGUGGCCAAAACGAGCCAGACAGCUUUAUGACCUAUCUCUGCAAUCAUGGCAUUCGUCUCCUAAAAGCAGUAUUGGGAAGGGAUGUCAGGAAAGUUAAAAGCCAAGAAAUACUCUCCCAUACCAUCUCUUAGCAUUAUUUUUCUAAGUAUAUAAAUCUUUACAAAAACCUUCACCAUUAAUCUUCAUUUAAAAAGUAUGCAUCAAUUUUACAAGCUUAGCCUAGUAGCUUAGACAAACUAUACUGAGCAGCUCAUGUAUUCGUGCAACACAGAGGGAACAGGUCUUGAAAACAACCACCCCCAUAUCUUCCAGAUUAUUAGCACCUUCCUAUUACUGCAAGAAACAAAUUAUUUCACUUUCAAUAUGAAUUUCCAGUGCAUAAUCUUGAGUAGGACAGAGUGUGGGUAAGGCAGCAGAAACAACUCUUAGCUUAAAAAAAAAGUGUAAUUAAUAAGUAAUUUUUAAGAAAGCUGUUUGAAUCCAUGAAGUUUUCUACUCCUGUGUAUCUUGUAUCAUGUAGAAAUCUAAUAGAUUAACCUAUAAUUACCUGAAAUGUGUAACUGUAUAGCUAAAGAUCACUUUAAUAUUUUUAAAAUAUUUUUAAUUAUAUAUAAAGUAAUUUGGAAUAUAGCUCAAUUUUAGUAAAAUAUUUAUGAUGAUAAUUAUGUUCAUCUAUGAAUUAUUUCAAAUAUGAUUUUAAAAAUGGUCUUGACAUGUGAAUUGAGUUUGGAAUAAUUCUUCUUUUCUCCCUAGCAAUUUCAGAUAUAUAUUUUAUUUUUUUAAACUUAGUUUGACUAUAGUCAUACCUUACACUAUGACAACAGGAAAGCUAAUAAGUCAGCGGCUUUUCAUAUCUGUCAUCUCACUCAACUGACUAUGCAGAACUCCAUCAAUUACUUCUACCAUUCUAUUAGGCCAUUUGCCACAAAUUCGCUUUUUUUCCUGAGGGAAAAUAGUAGUACUUGUCAAAUCAAUAAACCACAUAUUCAUCAUACAAUAUCUGAAAUAGUAUAUGGUCACAACUCAAGUUUCUGUGGUUCUGUUCAGAGAUAUCCUUAACAUUUUAAUUUCACCAGCACUUCCAGAUCUACAUUAUUCGUCUCAUGAGAUACAGUCAUUAAUUUCAUCACUGUGACACAAGACCCACCAUUAUCACCUUUUCCUGGUUUUGGCAUGGUUAGAAGGUUUACCCUUCUAUAUUUUUCUUCUCAGAAUAUAUUGACUUUGUUGUCAGUAAAAAUUAAUUUCUAAAGGAAGAGAAAUCUCCGAUAUAUAUCCUACAGGAUUUGUUCGUGUCUUAGUAUAAGUCAUAUGCUUAUGGCCAAAUAAGAACUUGCAAGAAGUUCUAGUGCUAACUCCCUAAAGAAAUAUGUUGAUAUAGUGUAAAAUUAAUGUUGAUGUACCAAUAUUCUCUCUAAAAUCAGCCCAUACAUGGAUUUCUGUAUGGGCUGGACAAGGGGGAAUGGCCUGAAGCUCCACCAGGGGAGGUUCAGGCUAGAUAUAAGAAAAAAAACUCUUCACGGAAAGAGUCAUUGGGCACUGGAACAGCUGCCCAGGGAGGUGGUCGAGUCACCUUCCCUGGAGGUGUUUAAGGAACGGGUGGAUGAAGUGCUUAGGAAC